AUGGCAGCGACCUUGGUGGAAGUGGUGCGGCACAUCCUCCGGGGCACGCUCCAUGCCACGUCUGUGAGAAAUGAGCUAUCGGAGGUGGGGGAACUGCUGGAGGAUGUAGUCGCGGACUUUGGCGCCUCUAUCAGACUCCGAGACAGCACGGGGAUAGCAGAGGGGAGAGACGCGCUCAUGGAAGCAGUGAACAUCCUGGAUGAAAUCGUCAUGAACUACGACGCGGCACACGACGAGUUCACCAUGGAUCCAGCGACACUACAAGAUGACCUUCUUCGACUGGCACAACAACUCCAGAUUGUGGUCCCAGCCCAUAACAACCUCUUAGGGGACAUCCGGGGAGAACUCCCCUCGCAGAGGCCGUCUUCCAAUGCGCAGGGCUCUAUGAAGGUUACGGGGACGAGAUGGGCCUUAUGCAACAACUGGGGGGAGAACGAGGAGAACACCAUGUACAGCGACCCCAAACAUGGACCGAUCUCCUCAGACAGAUCAGGGGGGAACUCAAUAACAUGCCUCUACAAUGUCGCCAUGCGUGUGUCCACCAGCUACUCUGCCGCCUCCACCGGCCGGGGCCUGACCCGGCGGGGGACACAGAAGAGGGACAUCGAUGCGCCCUCCAGCUUCUCUCAGUGCUCGAGCAUGAGUUCCCCGAAAGUUAUCGCACCAACGGACAAUGCGAAGCAGAUGCAAUAUGGCUGCUCUUGA